AUGGUAUGUGCGCUCUUAUAUAAACGACCGAGGGCAUCACUGGUCAUAGGGCUUUGUGCACUCAUGCGCGCCGAGUUCGAACCGGCUACUGCUGAAGCAAGAGCAGGAGGAAGGAUAAAGUUUAUGAUGCAUAACUAUAGAUCUCCAUAUCCUGGUGUACCUCCAGAUUUUAGCACCCCUUUCCCUGUUGCCGCUUUUACAAACCUGAUGCCGCAAAAUAAUUUUAGUGAUUCCAAAAUCUCUGGAGGGCCUUCUCUGGACAUUCGGUCCGGGGGCACUAAGCAGGGUCAUGUGGUUCACGGGUCAGAUAGCAGCAUAGUAUGCGUUUCCGCGGGCGCCACACCCUUGCACAUGUCUGCUGCUGCCGACGGACUGGAGAUGAACUACCUUUCUUUCCACCAUGAGGUGCCUCACAACGAGGGUCAUUCUCAGCCCGUCACAACGGCUCUUUCGGCAAUUCACAGGGUAUCCUCUUGUCCGGCCGUAGGAGCUGGAGAUACUCACUAUGGCCUGACUGCAUCUCUAACGAGUGGCGGCACUAAUCACGCACUGAAAGAACCCGUCUCUCAAAAGAUGCAUGGGCUCCUCCAGGGGGACCCAGAGGGGCUGCUGGCAGAAGAGGCCGCAGGAACUACGGAAUGGACCAGCGACAGGCGCUAUAUGCCUUACCAGGAAACUGUAGUUACUCCCCUCAAAGCAACGCUCAUGCGGGCCGUAGACAUAGAUAUGGGGAAUCCCGAGAAUGCGAAACCUCACGUUUUAAUUAUCAUUUUAGGGGGCACUAUUUGCAUGAACUACGCGUAUAAAAAUACGUGUCUGCGACCUUCCAGACUGGGGAGACGCCUCACAAGGUGCCCCGAACUCACGGAUGAAUCGUUGCCAUAUUUCGAUAUCUUAGAGUGGGAUGAUCUUGUGGACAGCAGCGACAUGGGGAAGGAGCAAUACUGCACGCUCGCCAAACAAAUCGAGACGUAUUACAACGCUUAUGACGGCUUUGUAGUCCUGCAUGGCACGGAUACCAUGGCGUACACGGCGGCUGUCCUCAGUUUCAUGCUUGAGAAUUUGGGGAAGUGUGUUGUUCUUACUGGCUCGAUGCUUCCUAUGAUGCACAUAUCUAGCGACGCGAAGAGGAAUGUUGGCUUGAGUCUGAUGGUUGCGGGAUACUCUAGCCUUACGGAAGUGGUGGUUGUCUUCGGCUCGCAAGUGUUAAGGGGCACGCGCGUAUCGAAAACCAAUUGCGGAAGUAUUGACGCAUUUUCAUCUCCAAACUUUCCGGCCAUCGGGACCAUUGGAGUGGAUGUGGUGAUCCAUGACCGGCUGAGAGCGUAUCCCCCUGCUGGCGAGUUCCGCGUGUUCACGGACCUAUGCUGCAGUGUCUGUACGGUGAAGCUGUCGCCUUCUAUGCCGAUUGAGGUCUUUGAGAGUGUCUUCAGCUUCCAGAGGCGUCCGUUUGCGGUUAUCCUGGAGCUUUUUGGGGCAGGGACUGCCCCGAACAGUAAGCGCUUUUUGAAUGCAAUCCAGAGGGCCAUCGAUUCCGGAAUUGCCGUUGUUGCCUCGAAUCAGUGUCAAAAGGGGGCGACGAACUUGCUGAUAUAUGAGAACGGGGUCUGGAUUUCUUCCUUGGGGGUUAUAUGUGCGAGAGACAUGACGUUGGAGGCCAUUACCGCCAAGCUAUACUAUCUAAUGGGGAAAGGCAUAUCGGGUCGGCGUCUCAAAGAGCUCAUGGAGGUGAGCAUGCGAGGCGAGGUCACGGUCUCCCCCAACAAAGUGCAAGGGAACAAUGCUGUUAACGAGGAGGAGCAUACCGAAAUUGCCAGGCAACUCAUGUACCCGGUUCUUGUACAGACCACACCAGAAGAUAACUGCGCUCAUUUAGACUGGAUAGCGUUUACUCUUUUUGCUAGUGUUCUUAAAAGAGAUGGCGAAGUAGUAAGACGGCGACACAGAAUUUAUUUGAAGCAAAAGCUCUUUGGUGUGGCGAAGUUUGGAUAUACUGAAGCUGAGCAAUAUCAUAUAAGAAGGCAUAAGGUUGGCGCACAGGCUGCUAUCGCAGUACCCGAAAAUAUUAGCUCCGCUGUGUGUUGUUAUUCCUGA